AUGUCAAGAGAGCCAUGGCCUGAGCUCAUUGGUGGCGGGAAGUCCCCCGGUGCACUAUCAAAGCAGAAAAUACGUUUUCCCAAGACCGCAGUCAUGCACAAGACGUCGAGUGUGCAGGGAAAUGCAUCUUCAAAGUCAGAAAGCAGCGGGGUUGACAAGAUCCGUGAAGAAAGGCUUCAAAAGGCUCCGCUCACGAUAAGCAAGGACAGGCUUGCAGAUCAAUUGAAAAUCUCUCAAUUUGAGGGCCUCAUGAGGCAACGUUCGCAUAUCCCUCCGCGUUAUCAGAGCAAAAUCGAUCGAGAGCUGGUCAGCCCGUUUGAAGAUUUACUUGAACAGCGUUUAUUGGAAAUUGAGUCCUUUCUUCGAGUGUAA